UCCGGCGGGAGCCAGCUGGUGGGCCCGGCCGAGGCCGGCGCACUUCCGGGACUCGGCGCGCCGGCCCCUUCCUCGCUUCCCGUCGGCUUCUCAGGCGGCGGGACUAACUGCUCCAUCCAGGGACCUGUGUGCGGGCGUAGGGGGAACACUCGCCCCCGUGGCCGCCUGGAGGCGCUGGAAGCGCUGGAGGAGGGGGCGACAUUUCUAGGGACCCGAGGUCCGUCGCGGUAAUGAUCCACGAACUGCUCUUAGCUCUGAGCGGGUACCCAGGGUCCAUUUUCACCUGGAACAAGCGGAGCGGCCUGCAGGUGUCACAGGAUUUGCCAUUUCUCCACCCCAGUGAGACCAGCGUCCUGAAUCGACUUUGCCGACUGGGCACAGACUAUAUUCGCUUCACGGAAUUCAUCGAACAGUAUACAGGCCAUGUGCAACAACAGGAUCAUCAUCCAUCUCAGCAGGGCCAAGGUGGCUUACAUGGAAUCUACCUUAGAGCCUUCUGCACAGGGCUCGAUUCUGUUUUGCAGCCUUAUCGCCAAGCACUGCUUGAUCUGGAGCAAGAGUUCCUGGCUGACCCCCAUCUGUCCAUAUCACAUGUCAAUUACUCCUUAGAUCAGUUCCAGCUCCUUUUCCCCUCUGUGAUGGUUGUAGUAGAACAAAUUAAAAGUCAAAAG